AAUAACGUUUAAAGCAGCUUGUAUAGUAAUUUAUAAACAAGUUAAGAAAAGACAAUGAUGUAUUAUACAAGAGGGUAUCUAAGUUUUGUGGUGAGACUAAAAAUCCGGAAUAAUGGAAAGAUUUUUAUUAAGGGAUAGGUGAUUUAUUUAAAAAUUAUGGGGAUUAUUAGCAUGAGUUAAAUAGUAUGCUGCAUUAAGAUUAUUAAUUUUAAAUAUCUGAAGAAUCAAAGAAUAAUAAACUAAUAGAUAGUGAAAUCGGGAACAAUUAUAUAAAUGAAAAAAAUAAAUAGGAGAAUAUAAGAUUAGAUAAAUAAUAAAUAAAUAAUAAAGGAAUUAUGAAAAAAAGAGAAUUAAUCAAAUAAUAGUCGUCUGAAAUUUGUGAAGAAAUUAGUACAAAGUAUCCUGAAAAAUUAAAUGAAUUUAUUGCUGCAAUAAAAAAAAAGACUAAUUCUGGUCACGAAAUGAAUAGGCUAUUCUUAUUGAUGUCUGUACAUCUAUUUUCGGAAAAGAUCAUCCAAUUUAUAAGAAGGCUUUAAAUGUGUUUUAAGUUAUUAUCAUAUGCUUAAUAAUGGAAAUAUAAAUACUUAAAAUAUUAAAAGUUCUUCACAAGUUAAGAAUUAAUAAAAUUAAAUUAAUUCACUAUUGAAAAUCUAAACAGAAAACUAAAAAGAUAUAAAAAAUGUUUAAUUACCAUCUGGUGUAACAAAAAGCCUUUAUCAUAAAACAAUCCCUUAUUAUAUGAAUAUUUCAAAGACUUAGUAGAAUGUCGUGAAAGCAGUCGUAGAAAAGCAAACACUUGCUUCAAACCUUUAAACGAAAUAGAUUUUAAUACUCAUUAAAGAUAUACCCAUAGCUAUGUAUACAUGCCGAAAUAUUAUCCUAAAAAUUGUUCAAACUCAGACUAUUUGAGUAAAUAGGUUUUAAAUACAAAAAUUGUAACAGUCCCUAUGGGUACAGAACAUGUAUCAUUUAAUAUAAUGAGAAAAAACGCAUAUGAGGAAUAACUUUUUAAAAGUGAAGAUGAAAAAUAUGAAUUCGAUUUUCAAAUAUCGAUGUUCAAAAGAACCAUUUUUUUAUUGGAAAAAGUCGAAAAGAAUAAUAUCAAAGUUGAAGAUGAAAGAAAAAUAGUACAAUAAGCAAUUGAUUUAAAAAUAAUAAGUACUCUUUAUAAACAUGGAGUAAAGGAAUAAUAAGAAGUUUGUGAUAUUUUAUUAAUGAACCCAAAAAAAACAGCUCCUUUAAUACUUAUUAGACUUAAGGAAAAAUUAUAAGAAUUAAUGAAUGUGAGAUAAAACUAGGCAAAGAAAUAAUGGCAUGAAAUAUAAGAAAAAAACUACCAUCGGUCUUUAGAUCAUAGAUCGUUUAUAUUUAAAAGACAUGACAGGAAGUUAAUUUAAAUAUAAAGAUUUGAAAAAGAAAGUGAAUUCAGAUUUUAAAUAUUAAAUAAAAUAAGAAUGAAAAAAGAAGACUUCGAAAAUAAAGAAGAGUUUGAGAAUAAUGUUGAAUCUUUUUUAAGUUUUUGA